AUGGCUGGCCGGCGUAACCGUAGCCGCCGCCGCCGCCGUCUCCGCGCUAAGCUAGAUUCGGAGGCAUCCAAAUCCUCCUCUCCGCAGUCGUCCAAAUCCUCAUCUCCCCAAUCGUCCGGUUCCUCCUCCCACGAUCGCGCCGCCGAAUGCAAAAAGCCUCUUCCGAAUCGGCAGCAGCAGGUCACCGAGGAGAAGUCUGAUCUGCGGAGGACGACACGAGAUGCUCGGGCCGUGCGUCCGUUUCUGCUGCGUCUCAUCCGCGGAUACUACAUCGACGCCAUCUCCCGGCUGCCCGCCGCCGAGCUCCGGACCACCCUAGCGCGCGGCCUCCUUGUCGGUGGGCACUGCUACGGUCCACUCCACCCCGUCCACAACAUCAUCCUCAAUUCCGUCUGGUACGCCGCCGCCUUCCCCUUCCGCGCCGACCCCAUCGAUGUCGACGUCGUCACCACCGAGGGCAUAAGCCGCCUUGCCCACCGCUCUCUCGAUGGGUUGGUUGCCUACCUCUGCCACAAAUGCCCUGACCUUUCCCACGACGACGCCCUCUGGCACCUCGCCCUCUCCCUUGCCGCCCUCCAUGGCGCCUCCGCCUCCGCACGCGGUGCUGUUCCGUUCGGCCGCACGGAAUUGGAAGCCGUUCCAUUCCAGGUCGCUCCGCAGGCUGCGCGGCACCCAAAACCUUCCGCCCUUACGCGCUUCGUCACCUCGGUGCUGCCACCUCUGGAGCGCGAUGUGCUCUCGCUGCUUGCUGGCAGGCGUAGGCUCUCCUCGCAUGACAUCCUGCGUCUCUCCGCCAUGCUGCAGCCUCUCCCGCUGCCAGAUGCACUGGCGCAGCAACCGUGUCCUCGAGAGCUGAGCAUAAGAAUUGGACGAAUCAUCGCCGAGAGGAGGAGGUGCUGUAGGAUCGCGUACCAAAUGUUUAUUGACAUUGCAGAUGCGGCACUGCACAAGUUUGCUCGUCAAACUGGGGCACGAUACCGCCUUCAUAUUAUCUAUAGCCAAAGCAUCGUGGAGGCUGGGGAUUGGUGUGGCCUGGACCAAUAUGUUCACAUCAAUUUCAUGGCCUGGCCAAAGGGUAAACAAACCCAAAGCCAGAUUCCAGUUUGCUUCUUUGCUGAAGCUCAUAAUCCAGCAACCAGAAACUGUUCUGAAGAAGACAUCACCUCCUGCUGCAUGCUUGGAUGCGCACAACCAUCGUCAAGUCAUGUUGAUAAUUGUUAUGCUUGUGCGAGGAUCAAUAGAAAAAUUGAUCAUCCAAAUGGCGAGGAGCACUUCGGAGGGCAUUCGCACAAGACAGAUGAAACUGAGGAUGACCGUGAUUGCCCAACCACCAUUGACGUGGACUACAGGUUUUUCGAUCCUGACAGAGACAUUGACCUUGUGAAGUGGUAUGCUGAUAAGAUAAAUCGUGACGAAGCUAUUGAUUCCAAGCUGGGCUUGAAAAAGAGGAGCACAAAUGAUGAAGAUGUAGCCAAGGAAGAUAUUGAAGUUUAUUGCAGGCGAUAUGUCUGA